AAAGCCCAUAAAAUUGGAUCCAAAAAUAGAGGUAAGCCCAUAAAUUCUGGCGGCAGUUGUGCGCACUUUAAGCUCACUCUUAUACUCCGCGUUUUCCGCAAGUAAGGAUUCGCCAAUCGCCAUAGCCGAGAUCUCGUCUUCCUGUCUCAAGUUAGCUGAUCUCCAAAGCUCUGUAUUUUGCUGAGUUCUCUACUUCAUUUGCAAUGGCGGACGAGGAGCCUGUUGAUCAGAAAAAAUAUCUUGAAGAUGGUUGCAAGCCUAAAUGUGUGAAACAGCUUCGUUCAUAUGAGGCAUGUGUUAAAAGAAUCCAAGGUGAUGAAAGUGGGCACAAGCAUUGCACUGGUCAAUAUUUUGACUAUUGGUCUUGUGUUGAUAAAUGUGUUGCACCAUCGCUAUUCACAAAACUGAAAUAACCAGGGCCAGAGUUGUACAACGGUAGCAUCAUGUCAUGCUGUUGAAUGAUUGUUUCAGAUAAUUUGGCUCCAUAAACUUGACAAAUGUUAAAAAAAUUUUGUGUUACUUUGGAAACAUUUAAAUAAAUUUGGAUCCUGGGAUACAUCCCUCUUGGGAAUAGGAUCACAAGUGUUAUGACAA